AUGAUGAAUUUUCAAGACUUUGCAGAACUUCCACCGGAAGACAAGAUGACUCUGUUCAAAAGUUCAUGGACUCUUUGGCAGAAGUUUGAGCGCCUCCAAAUAACAGUGCAGAUCUUUGGACAGCAGGCUAUCAACGAACGGGUGAUUGUGACGGGUGAGAAUGGCGCCAUCAACCUGGAUACAGUGCAACUUGAAAUGGCACCAUUCAGUGAUCAUGAUUCGGAAAGCAUCAAAAGUAUGUUCGGUUACUUCGGAUGUCGAUUGAGCGACGAAGUGAGGCGACUACUACUAGAGAUGGAUUUGGAUCGUUUCGAAUUGUCCUACAUUCUUUGUGCUUUUGUAUGGCACGUUGAAGGUAAGCAUAGCUAA